AUGCCUCCUUCCAAGCGGAGAAAGCUUGCCCCAGACGAGGACCGCGAGCAUGACAGCGACCACGACAACGAGCAACGGGACGACGGCCCGUCGCGCGACAGUUCCCCCGACUCGACCACCCUCGAGGGCUCCGACGAUGCGCCACCCAAGACUUUCAAGGACUUGGGAAUCGUAGAAAACCUGUGUGAUGCCUGCGAGAGCCUCGGGUACAAGACCCCGACACCGAUUCAAGAGAAAUCUAUUCCCCUCGCCUUGCAGAACCGGGAUAUAAUAGGUCUGGCCGAGACUGGUUCAGGAAAGACUGCUGCCUUUGUACUUCCCAUCCUCCAGGCCCUGCUUGAGGAGAAGAAGCCAUCGCCAUUCUUUGGUCUCAUCAUGGCGCCGACACGUGAGCUUGCUGCACAGAUUGGCCAGGCAGUGGAUGCCCUCGGGUCUACCAUAUCAGUGCGAUCUACCGUCAUCGUCGGUGGCUUGGAUAUAGUCCCCCAACAAAUUGCCCUGGGAAAGCGACCUCAUAUAAUCAUCGCAACUCCUGGCCGUCUCCUUGACCACCUCGAGAAGACAAAAGGCUUCAAGCUCUCGUCAUUGCGAUACUUUGUCAUUGACGAGGCCGACCGCCUGUUGGACAUGGACUUCGGCCCUAUCCUUGACAAGCUGCUCAAGUUUCUCCCGAGAGAGAGACGGACUUUUCUCUUCAGCGCAACCAUGUCCUCCAAGGUUGAAAGUCUCCAACGCGCCAGUCUCCGCGACCCCAUACGUGUGUCCGUAUCAGCUAGAUAUCAAACUGUCGCAACCCUGCAGCAAAACUACCUCUUCAUACCUUUCAUGUACAAGGAUAUGUACCUAGUAUAUCUGGUCAACGAAUUCGCGGGUCGAAGUACCAUCAUCUUCACACGUACCGUCUACGAGACACAGAGAAUAGCCAUCUUGCUACGCUCUCUUGGAUUCGGCGCGAUUCCGCUCCAUGGUCAAUUAUCACAGUCCGCUCGUCUAGGAGCUUUGAGUAAAUUCAAGUCAAAGUCCAAGGACAUCCUAGUUGCCACCGAUGUUGCCGCUAGAGGUUUGGAUAUACCCAAGGUCGACCUCGUGAUUAAUUACGAUAUCGCUUCUGACAGCAAGAGCUACAUCCACAGAGUAGGCCGAACAGCGCGUGCCGGCAGAUCAGGACAGGCCUUGAGUAUCAUCACCCAAUAUGACCUUGAGUUAUAUCAGAGAAUUGAGGCAGCAAUGGGCAAGAAGCUUGAAGAAUACGAAACUGACCGGGAGGAGGUCAUGGUCUUCAGGGAGCGAGUGGAAGAGGCUCAACGCCAUUCCCGGAACGAGAUGAAGAAGCUUAUGGAUGAUCGCGGCAACAGAGGAUCGGUCCUCAAGGGCCGUCGUCCAGCCAAGGGCGCUGGGCCGGGCAAAAGGCGACACGAUGGUAUGGACGCUGAGGAAGGCUAA